UGCUUAUAUCCUCCCUCUCUUCAUCACCAUCAUCUUCAUCAUCAUCAUCAUCGUCAUCGUCUUCGUCUUCUUCUGCUUCAUGAUCGUCCUGUGCUCGCGAAUCGCCGCCUCCGAUCGCCGCUCCGGCCACCUCGCCGUACUCGCACCGGAGCCGAGCAAAUGAUAGGUUGCGGGUUCUAUGCCAAGAAGAGGCCGCCGUCGGAUUGCUGGCUGAGCACGCUCCUGCGGGGCGACUUCUUCGGCUCGUGCGUCGCGCAUCACUACCUGCGGAAGAAUGAGAAGAACGUAUUCUGCAUCGACUGCAGGGUCGGGUUCUGCAAGCAUUGCAUGGCGGCGCACGGCCUCCACCGCCGCCUGCAGAUCUGCAAGUACGUGUACCAGGACGUGGUCCGCCUCCAGGAAGUUCAGAAGCACCUCGACUGCUCCAAAAUUCAGACAUACAAGAUCAAUGGCGAAAAAGCAGUGCACCUAAAUCCUCGGCCCCAAUCCAGGGACACCAAGCCGUCGACAAAAUCGAAGAAUGGAGGAACCUGUGAAGCUUGCGGAAGAUACAUCCAAGACCUGCCUAAUCGCUUCUGCUCAAUUGCUUGCAAGGUCUCAGUGGUGUCAAUGAAGCCGAACAACGAGCAAAGUCCCGACGUCAUCACCAUUCCCAUCGAGGAACUAACCGAUCUCUCGCUGAAAGACAAUUACUGCUCAUCGAGCAAUGGCGACGAGAAAGAAUCUUCCGUCUCUCUGGCCGAAUCGUCCGAGGACGCACAUUUCGGGGUUAGUUCUGUCCUGAAACCGAGAAGGCGUUCGCACAAGCGAAAAGGGUUCCCUCGCAGGGCGCCCCUGCAGUAAAUCCCCCUCCUCAAGAGUGUAGUAGCUAACUUCCCCUCUGAGAAUUCCUUCUUUUCCAAUACAUCAUUAUAGGUACACAGGGGUGACACAGGAAUAAAAAGAAAACAAUACGAAGUACAGUAAAAGCUUGGACAUCAUGCAAAUGAACAGAGAAUGUCACUUUCAAAGUAUCCACCUUUUGCGACCUCCGCUGAGUUGGGUUAGUUGCAAAAGUGAGCGGCCCCAGGGCUAUAGAAGAUUUCAGAGAGGGUCAAAAAAAAAUUUUCCUUGUGGGGGUCGUGCAGAGAAAAUGACAUGGCGAUGUUGUUCGCUGAUGACACGGCGAUGUUCGUCGCGGCAGCGGCUCUAUUUUUGGGUAUUAUUAUUUAAAAAUAAUCGGUUUUUCAUUUCAAGAGGGGGGGGUUGAUUUCAAUUGGCCAUGGCUGUACCCAAGAAUCACAAUAAAAAUGUGCUUACCAUAA